AUGCCCUCCAAAAGGGAAGGUAAAGAGAGGACCCCUGAAGACGUCCGCAAAGUAAUAAAAACUGCGAAGUUACACGAAUCCGAACUAACCGAAAUUACCCAGAUUCUUAGAUUCCCAGAAGCCAGCCAACGCAAUAAUAACUUAAGGCUUAUGCUAUUAGAUAAUAAUAUAUUAAAAGAUAUAGAAGAGGGCAAUCCCAUUGUAUUUAAAGGGGAUCCAGAUGAGAAUGUGGUACUAUGUACAGAUAAUAAAACCUACGACGUCAAAGAAGCAGAGACAUCUAACAGCUUUUUACUCGUACCCAACCUACUUUUCGCGGCUUCCACAGGUCUCGACGAAACAAUCGCAAAUAAUUCUAUGGAAGAUUCUGAUUCAUCUUUCGAAAGAUCCAAUACAAGUUUGAACAUAUCCAACGAUUCUGAUGAUAAACCACCCAGAAAAAUUGUAAAUAAAGACAUUGUUAACACAUUCUUCACUUAUUACGAAUUGAAACCUUGUAAACCGCGUCUUUCAAAACUCUCGAAGCUUCUAGAAAGUACUACAUUUCAGGGUUUAGAACUCGAAUAUAAAAUAGAUAAAUCGAAAUUGCUAGAUUAUAAAGCGAUUUUGCAUAAGGUCCAGGCGUCUCGAGUAGAAUUGGAUGAGGAGUUGACAAAUAUACAAGCGAUAGAGGUCGAUGGGCAUUAUAGGUUGUUAGAAUUUGAUUAUGAAUUUCGGGUCCUUUCGUACAUGUUGGACCUCAUUGAAGAGAAUUCCUGGCCUUUGGACAGAGUAUCUAAAGAAGUCACAUUGGAUAGCUUAAAAGAUUUGGCUCCGAUGUGUGUUUUGGAAGCAAUGUUUGGUUUUUACACACUGAAAAGUGCUGAAGAAAUGGGCGUCCAAUACUAUAGGUAUAAAGAGGAUAAAGUGUGUAGAUUUUUAGCAAGAGUUCUCUUAAGAAGUGCUGGUAGAUUCAAUUUGUUUGAAUUUAUGCAAGCAUGGAGCGAUUCGGUACCAGAAGGGAUGACAACAAACGAGUCACUUCUAUCGGGCAUAGCCUUAAUAGACAAAAAUGUCACUCCGCAAGUAAUUUGGGGUUUCUCCGAGAAUGAACUACCGGAAGAUAUCAAUGAGAGGUUCAGGAUUUUAUUCCACACAAAACCUAAGUGGACGGUUGACGAAAUAUCUCCAUACAUACAGUCAUAUGCUACUGAGAAGCUGAACGUCAACGCUUUGCUGACGAAACAUGCACGUGCGUCCACCCAAGAUGGCGUUCGUGUAUUCUCCGCCAAACACAUGAAUUAA